CGACAGUUGACCGGAAACGUCAGGCGAGUUCCUUUCGUCGGCCAAUCGGCAGCGGCCGGGGGCGGUCUCUGCUGCCGUCCAAUAGUCCCACGUGAUCGUCGCUACUAGUUACUUCCCAGCCUGGCGACCGAGCCGAGACCAUGGAUCGAAAGGUGUGGUUGUGCAUUGUCAUGGCGACGGGCGUCCUCUGCCUGACCCUGGCACCGCCGUGCCGGGCCCGCGACCCGGAUGAAGACGACGCGGACGCGGAAGACGACCUGGAUGUGGACACGGCGGGUCCGUACGAGGACCUGGAGGAUGAGCGCGGCGCCCCGCCCCCCGCCCCCAAAGUGACCUACAAGGCCCCGGAGCCGAUGGGAGAACACUUCUUUGCUGAGUCUUUUGAUCGCGGGACCCUUGACAACUGGGUGCUGUCCAGCGCCAAGAAGGACGACACCGACGAGGACAUCGCAAAGUAUGACGGCAAGUGGGAGGUGGAGGAGAUGAAGGACAGCAAGCUUCCCGGCGACAAGGGUCUGGUCCUCAAGUCACGAGCCAAACAUCACGCCAUCUCCGCCCCACUGCUGCGGACGUUCACUUUCGGCACCGCGCCGCUCAUCGUCCAGUACGAGGUGAACUUCCAGGCCGGCAUCGACUGCGGCGGCGCUUACGUCAAGUUGCUCACUCAGACGCCCGAACUGGACCUGGACGAGUUUGUGGACAAGACUGCCUACACCAUCAUGUUUGGACCGGACAAAUGCGGCGAGGACUACAAGCUGCACUUCAUCUUCAGGCACAAGAAUCCCAAGACGGGCAAAUACGAGGAGAAGCAUGCCAAGAAACCGGACGCUGACCUGCGCACGUACUUCACAGACAAGAAGACUCACCUAUACACGCUCGUGGUGAACCCCGACAACACGUUUGAGAUACUGGUGGAUCAAACUUUGGUGAACAGCGGGAGCCUGCUGAAGGACGUGAGCCCCCCUGUCAACCCCCCUGCGGAGAUCGAGGACCCCGACGACCGCAAGCCCGAAGACUGGGACGAGAGGCCAAAGAUCCAGGACCCGGACGCGGCCAAACCGGAAGACUGGGACGAGGACGCUCCCGCUCAGGUUCCCGACGAGGACGCGGUCAAACCCGACGGCUGGUUGGACGACGAGCCCGAGUACGUGGGAGACCCUGAUGCCGUCAAGCCCGAGGACUGGGACGAGGACAUGGAUGGCGAGUGGGAGGCACCUCAGAUCCCCAACCCGGCCUGCGAGGCGGCGUCCGGCUGCGGCCAGUGGAAGCGGCCCACGGUCGACAACCCCAACUACAAGGGCAAGUGGAAGGCGCCCAUGAUUGACAACCCCAACUACCAGGGCGUGUGGAAACCCCGUAAGAUCUCCAACCCGGAGUUCUUUGAGGACCUGCACCCGUUCCGGAUGAGCGCCUUCAGCGCCGUGGGUCUGGAGCUGUGGUCCAUGACGUCCGACAUCUUCUUCGACAACUUCUUGGUCACCGACGACCGCAAUGUGGCCGAGCGGUGGGCCAACGACGGCUGGGGCCUCAAGAAGGCGGCCGAGGGUGCCGCAGAGCCGGGCCUGGCCGCUCAGAUGAUGACCGCGGCGGAGGAGCGACCUUGGCUCUGGGUCGUCUACGCGCUGACGGUGGCCCUGCCUGUCGUCCUCGUCGUCGUCUUCUGCUGCACCGGCAAGAAGAAGAGUGAGGCCCCCCCGGCACCGGCACCGGCGGAGUACAAGAAAACUGACGAGGCCCAGCCUGAUGUGAAGGAGGACGAGGAGGACGAGGAGGACAAGACUAGCCCAGACGGGGAGCAGGAGCAGGAGGAAGAGGAAAAUGAGGAAAGUCCCGCCGACAACGAUCAAGCGGACGGCGACAAGGAGGACGCGGGAGAGGCGGCGUCAGCUGAGGAGAAGUUGGAGGAUGACAUUCUGCGGAGAUCUCCCAGGAACAGGAAGGUCAGAAAGGACUGAUCAAUGUCAAGCAACUGAUCCCGUGUCUCCCAUUCCCAUUAAAUACAACCCACCACCCCCACCCCCACUCAAAGAGACAGCCCAGAUGAAUUCCAGCGCCAACGGGACCGAUGUAGACGUAAAGGUUUUGUUUUGAAAAGCGAUCAAAGUCCAUUUGCAUCUUCCCUUAACACAAAGCCAGAGCAGACGUUGGGAUGGCCCGCCAGCGGCCUUUGGAUGACGUCACAGAGUUGCUAAUGCUAAUGAUCUUGAUUUGCAGUUAAAUGAUGGGACCUAAAUGGCGUCCUUUAGCAAUUAGCAACUGUUAAGUAGCCCUUGAAUGAAGCGCUAACAGCCGGCGGCAGACCAGAUGAAAAAUGGGAGCAAACACUUUGCUAACUGAUUCAGGGGAUCCUUGAGAGAUGUUCCCGUCUGCUCCUGAGCACGUAUUGGACGUGACGUUCAUCGUACUUUGUCAUCUAGUGGAAGAGCGUGGAAUUGUUCUGCCCGUCGCGUGGACAAAAAAAAAAACUACAAGUCCGAAUUGGGUCAUUUCAGCAUAAUUGGGAUUUGAUGUCUUUCUGGUAGAAGCCAUCCCGCUCACGUGAUGACGUUAGUCCAUCGUCAGAUCGUUCACGAAACAAAUGUGAAGCUCGACGGAAAAGACAAAGUGUCUGCUACGAUUGUUUCUUUCUUUCUACGUUAUUGAGUUAUGGAGUGUUCGGAAGUAGCGCUGCGCCGAACAGGAAGUGAGUGUGUCGCCCAUCCCGUUUGGUCACGUGGCCCCGCCGUGUCAGUCUCGUCGGCAAAUUAGCUUAGCUUAGCAAUGGUGCUUGAGUCUGCUUCUUUCUUUGAUUUUGUGUUAAUACUGGUGACAACUCUUUCCCUACUCUCUGUUCACGACAUCAAACGGUUUUUAUAUUGUAGAGUUUCGUUUUUUUUUUUUUUUUUAAGGGAACUGUCUCGGUCCACGACAUAAAACUUAAUUCUGCAGUGAUUCAGGAGUAGCGAUGAGCGACGACAUUCGGAGUCAUUGAUCGUUCCCGACUCUCCCAUCACUACAGAGAGAUUUCUGGUAGAUUAUUAUUAUUUUUUUAGGAACUAUCCAGGUUCAGAAUAUAAUUAUUGCUUUGUUGCGAUUGGGGAGUCCCUCGGGAAUGAAAUGAGCGAAUGAUUCCAGAUGCAGUCACAAUCAUGCACUCAUUCCCCACUCUUUAAUCCCUUUUUUCUUUUUUUUUAAACUUUUUGCGUUUGGAACCUUGAUAGUUCUUAAACUCAACUGGUGUCAGCAUCGUCCCGGUAAUGCUGCCCACUAACACUGUAUAUCAGGUGCACUCAGUUGCUUUUUUUGUUUUUUUUUUUUUUU